CGCGGUCCCUGUUCAAAACACACAACCGUCCGCGUAACUGUACAUCUGUUACUACAAGACAACAACGUUGGGGCUGAAAUAUCCCGAAAACGAAACAAAGGACGCUUAUAAUUGGUAUCAGGUUUAUUAUAUCCCUACAAUGGCAGAGGGAGGAGAUGUGGAAUGGGAGCUUAGCAAAGAAAACAUCCAGCCACUGCGGCGGGGCAGAGCCAUAUCAGCCUUGCACCAGGCCCUCAGUCAACAGCAGGAUGGACUCAGCUCAGCCAUCAACCAACAGAGACAGGCCUUUGAGUCUGAGCUGCGAAUGUAUGAUGGCGAUGAUCUACUUGAUGUUUGGGAUCGAUACAUCAAGUGGACUGAGCAGACUUUCCCUCAGGGAGGAAAGGAGAGCAACCUGGCCACAUUGUUGGAACGAGUUGUGACCAGAUUCACAGAGGAAAAGAAGUAUCACAAUGACCCACGCUAUGUUGACAUCUGGAUUAAAUUUGCAGAGAACUGCCCUGAGCCUCUGGACGUUUUCAGGUACAUGCAAGCGCAAGGGAUAGGAGUCACACAGGCUUCUCUUUACAUUGCUUGGUCUGAGGAAUAUGAGAAUCAGGGGAACUGCCGCAAAGCAGACUUGGUCUUCCAGGAGGGAUUCAAGAAGUGUGCUGAGCCACAUGAGAAGCUCCUGCAGUUUCACAAGGCUUUGCAGGCACGAGUGUCCCGACAAGUGAUGAUGAACGUGGAGGAGGAUGACAGUGAUGAUGAGCCUAAACAGCCUGAGAGGGUUUCUCUUGCUGACCUCAAACACAGAGGGAAGAAAAAGGCCAUUGCCCCCAUCAACAGAGCUGGCUCUGCAAUCAAAAGUACAUCUGGAGGCCUGCAGUCACAUGGCACCCCUGUCUUCGGUAAUGUUUCAAACAGUCGGUUGGUGAUCUUUGAUGAGAACAAGGCUCAGAGUGCUGGCCCUUCAGAACCUAGGUUGGAGUCUUGGAUGGCUCCUCCCUCUUCUAGAGCGAAGGAGAAUGAGCAGAGGCCAGAGAAGUGGUGUGAUGUCAAGAUACCACAGAAGUCCAAAUUUGGACGACCUGUUAUGGCUCCACCACCUCCCAAACCCACCUUCCAACCAUUUGUAGAAGAGUCAGACCAGCCUCCAACCAUGACUCCAUGUAAGAUAAACCCGGCAGUGAACACAGUGUUAUCGUCUCGUAAGCCUUCCAGAGAGGAGACUCCUCUAAAGAGACUACAAGAGCACCAUCAGCAACAGAAGGAAGCAGAAUCAGGGAAACUACAAGAGCAGAGCAUGUACUGUAAAGAGCUGCUGCUCAGUGGCGCCACAGAGUUCUGCUUUGAGGAACUACGUGCAGAGCGAUACUUCAAAAAGACGCUACAAGAAUCUCAUGAAACCAGAGGUGAAAACAGCCAAGAUAAUGGCAGUGGCAAUGUAUGCUAAGGAGGCAGCUCAGCAAAUGUUUUUGAAGGACUUUUACUUAGCCAGUAAGUAUCAUGUUACUGCUGCUUUAUGUUGUGUGUUGUAUCAUGUAUAUAUUUUGUUUGUGGAUAAUAAGUUCUUAGAAAGGUGAAAAGACAAAACAGGUACAUUUGUUAGAAACCCUUUGAGCUCGAUUCACAUUAUUUUAGAGUGAUGAAUUCAGUGAAAUGCAGCUGGUGUACAAAUUAAUGGAAAAACUGUGUAUUUCAAUACAAUGUGUAGCAUCACAAACUGGCAAUUGUAAGGCCUAAAUUUCUAUACAGAUUUAAAAGUGAAUUAUCAGUGAUGGCAGAUAUGAUAAUUUCUGCCAGUAUUUACUACAAAUAUUUUGGUUUUAAAGAUCUGCCUGUAUCAGCUGUAAAUAUUGGCUGUAUGGACAAGGACAAGGUUAGUGGAAUUAAAGGCUGGACCAAGAGACCUACAUCAGCUGAAGUCUUACACUUUAAAGUGUGUUUUAAGGACUAAAGUUUUAGGUCUGAACUACAUUUAAAUAUCUGUAUUGAUUUUGGCAUCUACUAAAUAAUCUGUAACUAUCAGCAUAUUGGAUGUUGCCAAAAAUCAAAUAUCGUGCAUCCCUACUUAAACUACCACUGCAUGCAUGUUAUGUAAACUCAAUGUAAAUACUUCACUUGAUCUACUACACACCGCAGUGCUUUGGUGCAGAAAUACUACUGGCAUAUUAACCUAAUCAGCCUUGAAUCCAUUCAUCCAUUUACUUUAUUGCAUUGUUCUUAAACUAGUUUUUAGUGUGCUGACUUUUUUUAGCAUGUUUUUUUUUAAAACAACAUCUGAAAGAAGGCUUUAGUGUGGAGAUUUGAUUGGUUUUUAUGUUGCACUCUGAGUGUAAUGUCCCUCAAGGCCUUUUUUCAUUGAUGUUCAAUAAACUUGUUAAGAUGUUUGC